AUGGAGUUUACGACAGAGACUUUACCUGAAGGCGAAGUAAGUUGUUGGUACCCACUCUUCGUCAAUCCUGUUAUCGCUCGAGGUUUUCCAACGGCGCCACGCGAAAACGACGAGGCGGGUCUCGAAAUUCCAAUUGGGAUGAUGGCGGCUCUCGGGGGUGCACGCUAUGCCGUGGAAUUCGAGGGAGGCUUGCUCUUAAAAGGGCUCUCUUCCAUGUUCGUUCCGACAAAACGACAUGCAGCUUCCAUUCAAUGGCAUCUUAUCCACCAUAGCGCGAAAACUCGCCUAUCAUAUUCAGAAGUCAAGGCGCAAUGUCCCAACAGGGUUCUACUUGACAAAGUGGAUCACGCUUCUCUGCAAAGCAGUCGUACAUUUCUGGGGUGGUGGAAGACUUCGAAAACGUUUUUGGGGACGUCCAAUCACAAUUAUGCUUCCACAACCUAUUCCUCAGCAAUGCCAAGCGCGAGCGUGGCGAACAGCUCAGGCGGACUCGGCUUUUCGAAGCUCAUAUGUAGUAGCCAAAACAUGUCCAUCGGAGCCAAAGAUAGCAAAUUAUUCCUAUCUCGAGCAGGUCCUUUGCAACAAAUCAUAGAAUGGGCUGAGAUGAUGCCAGUAUUGCUCUACGAUGUCGCAGACAAGAGAGGAUGGUUCGUUAGGGCGUCGGAUGUGAUACUUCAUAUUAUCCACACUCGACAUGCAAAACGACCAUUUCGUGUCGACGGCAAGCCAGUGCGUCUCACUGGUGUUGACCCUUAUAAAGACGAAGAUCAAGCCGCAGAAAGAGCCAUUAUGGAUAUGGCGUCGGUGAGGCUUGUCCAGGAUGAUGUGAACCGAGCGAAUGACUAUUACAUCAAUGAUUUGGUGUGCGACGUAUGGGCGCUCUUGGAAGGCCUAUCAGAGAUUCAAAAUGCCGGGGACAUUAGACCAGAAACUUCAACACAAAUCCUGACCCAACAGAAACUCCAAGGUUGGGAAUUCAUGGCUCUGGUCGAUCGGAAAUCGCCAAUACAGCGAAAAGAGGUGGACCUGGAGAAAACUACUGGUGGAUGGCAAAAUUUGGUUCACGAUGUCAAUGCCGUUGUCCUACUUGCCAGUGGUUUCGGUGACCUUAUUCAGCCCAUGUACCCUUCGUCUGGACUGUGUUACCAGUUGAAAACUCUGCCGAAAUACGAAGAUUACAUGGCGUCUACAGUCCCCCUCUUGAAAAGGCUAUGCGAGGAAGCUGGUUCUUCCUCGUAUGCGCAUCUUACUCCCUCAAAGCUACAGUGGCAUAAGCCGUCUAUGCUAUUUGAGAAUUGCGAGGGUAAGACGAAAACGGGUGGAGUUUGUGAUUGUGUCCGCUUUCAACAAGUAGUGCCCACUUUUGUGACGGACAUUGGACCUAUCAAGCCUCCAGGACACCUUGAGCACAGAGGUUGUGUGAUCUUUGGAAUACCUGAGAUUGACUCUACUCAAAUCCUACCAAUCGAUACGACUCCUACAAGCAAUGGACUACGUAGCCACUCUCCUAGCGAACUCGAAUUUGAAACGGAACUCAUCGCUACCUCAAAGUCCGUCGAGGCUCAUCCAGCUACCGGCGUGGAAGAUUGUCCAAAACCCUCUCCCACAAUCAAGCUCUCAAUUCCGAUCCUCGAUGGCAAGCGUCCACCUCCAGACUGGGCAGCGAACGGAGAUUAUCGCUGUAACGGAUUAUAUCCCAAAUCUCGCGACUAUCCAGAGUCACCUCCUGGUUUACUAUUCGACGAAAAGAGCAUUGAUUGGCCUCAAAAAUUUGCACUGGACGAUCCGUGUGACAUCAAGAAACAAGUAAAGCGAGUCAACAAGCGGUAUUUCGAUGUAAAUGAAGAUUCCGUGCGAGAAAGCAAAAGACUCCACCUCAAAGAGGUUGUUGGUCCAGUCACUGAAAGUGGCCGGACCUGGGAAGCGAAGAUUACGAGAGAUAUAUUUCCUGACUCGCGGAUAGUGGAAGGAGAUAAGAAUGGGCAAUGUAUUGUGACGCUUGAGAGAUCUGCGCAGGUUGAGAGCGAGGUGCCGAGGUGAAUUUUAGUUUUGGGGAAGAGCUCGUGUUAAGCUUUACCUCGAGAGAAAAAACUGGCUCCCAUCGUCGUAUGAUAAGAGCGAUCCCAGCAUCCAAUACGGAAACCCCAGGAUUUGGGUUUUGGGUUAUUAAGGAGCAAGAAUGUCCGCAUGGAAUGGCGUACUUUGUAUGGUGGUGGACAGGCGGAAUCAGUAUACGCUGUACAAGACGAGUACAUUUUACAUCCUAUGCGCGCUUUCGAUUUGCUCCUUCAAUUCUGCUGUCUGUAAAGAGAGUAACCUUGUCUCCUGUCCCACCUGAUCGAAAUCCGAAAUUUCUUGGAAUCUUUCCUUCCAGAGCUUCCACCGCUCUUGGGAGAAAUCAUCUGACUUCUUGGCAAGAGAUCCUACUCGUUUCUGGGAAUUCGAGAAAAUAGUUGUGCCGGAAAUCUUGAUCCAUUAGGCAGGAAUUAGGAGUGUCUCUUCCAGCAGGGGGCCUUGCGUAUGAUAUGCUUUUGAUCGAG